AGAGGAGGAAGAGCCAGUCUCUGACAGGCUAUCCUUCGGUUUCUUCAGUGGUGGACGCUUUCCGCCUGGCCUUGUUUUUCAGACUUCCUUGAUCCUCCUCAAUGGUCGCUUUCUCUAGAGGCCUCAGCCAAAUAGCUGCAGGGCAAGGGGACACUCGGUUCAUUACUCAGCCUGAGGCACCGGUAGAAGGGCAGGGUGGGCUAAGGAGAUGACGGUGGGCGUAGGAGCUAAGUCUGAUCUCUUUCCCUUCUGUUCGAAUAUCUGACCUUUCAUUCUAAACAUUUACACGUGUUAUCUUUAUUAAUUGGAUAAGAUGAUGUCCACGUCGGAAGGCUGUCUCGGAGGGUUAAAUAAUACAUCUAAAGCUCUCAGAACAGUAGCUGGCAUUAUUUGGUUUCUUCAAGCAUUUGUCCAGUCCAGAAGUUUAAAAAUGGCAUCUAAACAAGAAAUAAUGAGUGAUCAGCGGUUUAGACGGGUUACAAAGGACCCGAGAUUUUGGGAAAUGCCAGAAAAGGAUAGAAAAGUCAAAAUUGACAAGAGAUUUCGAGCCAUGUUUCAUGACAAAAAGUUCAAGUUGAAUUACGCUGUGGAUAAAAGAGGGCGCCCCAUCACCCACAGUACUACAGAGGACUUGAAACGUUACUACGACCUUUCGGAUUCUGAUUCAGAUCUCUCUGAUGAAGAUAGCGAAGCCCUGAACCAAAAGAAAAUGAAGAAGAAAAAACCCCAGACUAAAACAGGAAUAGAUUCAAAAAGUCUAGUCGAGAAAAAGAAAGAAACUGAAAAAAUUAAUCAAAAGGUUGCUGAAAGUAAAAAUGAAUUAGAUAAUUCUGAAAUAAUUCAGAAAGCAAAAAUGUCCUUCAAAUCUAAGAAGCUGGAUUCAAAAAUAAGUCCUAAGAAGGAUAGCAAAGAAUUUACACAGAAAGGUACAAAAGAGAAAAAAGAAGUUGUUCAACAUAGUACAGACUACGUUCCUAAAGGAAAACUAAAGAUAGUUGACUCCGACAUCACUAAAGUUGUGAAAUCACCAAAGGUCGAGUGUUCUGAGACAAGAAGAGAAGUACAAUCAGGAGGAAAUGGUUGUGAAGACGCAGCAGGCGGCACAGUGUUGGAUGGAGAUUCUCUGGAGGAACUUUCAGAAGAUGCUAAUGAAAUGGGGGACGAUGAAGAAUCCGAAGAUGAAACUAAAGGGGUUGGUAGAGCUUCGGAUGAUGAUGAUGAUGACGAGAGUGAAGAUGAUGAAGAUGAGAAUGGUGAAGAUGAUGAAAGUGACAGUGGUCCUGAUCUUGCCAGGGGUAAGGGAAAUGUAGAAACUAGUUCUGAAGAUGAAGAAGAUGAAGAUUUACUUCCAGAGGAGCUUGGUUUUGAGCAUGCUUGGAGAGAAUUAGAUAAAGACGCUCCCCGGGCUAAUGAGAUUACACACCGAUUAGCAGUUUGCAACAUGGACUGGGAUAGAUUAAAGGCAAAAGAUUUGCUGGCUCUGUUCAGUUCAUUUAAACCUAAAGGAGGUGUUGUAUUUUCUGUAAAGAUAUAUCCUUCAGAGUUUGGAAAAGAGAGGAUGAAGGAAGAGCAAGUUCAAGGACCAGUGGAGUUAUUAAGUAUUCCCGAAGAUGCCCCUGAAAAGGACUGGACGUCUAGAGAAAAACUGAGAGAUUAUCAGUUCAAACGACUGAAGUACUAUUACGCAGUAGUAGACUGUGAUUCUCCUGAAACAGCCAGUAAAAUUUAUGAGGAUUGCGAUGGCCUGGAAUUUGAAAGUAGUUGUUCUUUCAUAGAUCUAAGGUUUAUACCAGAUGAUAUUACCUUUGAUGAUGAGCCCAAGGACGUAGCCUCAGAAGUGGAUUUAACAGCAUAUAAACCAAAGUAUUUCACAUCUGCUGCAAUGGGAACAUCAACGGUGGAGAUCACUUGGGAUGAGACAGAUCAUGAAAGAAUUACAACGCUUAACAGGAAAUUUAAAAAGGAAGAGCUUUUGGACAUGGAUUUUCAAGCCUACUUAGCUUCCUCCAGUGAAGAUGAAGAGAAGAUAGAAGAGGAACUACAAGCUGACGAUGGAAUCAAUGUAGAAGAAGAUGGGAAAACAAAGAAAAAUCAGAAGGAUGACGAAGCACAAAUAGCCAAAUAUAGGCAGCUCUUGCAGGUUAUUCAAGAAAAAGAAAAGAAAGGCAAAGAAAAUGAUAUGGAAAUGGAAAUUAAGUGGGUUCCAGGUCUUAAAGAAAGUGCAGAAGAAAUGGUGAAGAACAAAUUAGAAGGAAAGGAUAAACUGACCCCUUGGGAACAAUUUUUAGAGAAGAAGAAAGAGAAAAAAAAACUGAAAAAGAAACAAAAGGCCCUUGCUAAAGAGACCAGUGAAGAUGAAUUGCCCUCUGAUGUGGAUUUGAAUGACCCAUACUUUGCUGAAGAAGUUAAAAAAAUGGGACAGCUCUCUCAGUUCCUCUUGGCUGUGCAGCCCUACUCCUAGCCCCUGAGGAGAAGCCGCCUCUCCGCUCCCUGAGGACAGGCUUCCUCUUGGACCCCUCAGGACAGGCUGCCACCUGUCACCAUCAACUCUGCCACAGGACCCAUUCCAGGCCUCUUUCCCCAGCUGUGCCACUGGGCCACUUCCAGGCCUGUCACUAUCUUCAGUGUUAAAGCUCUUAACCUAUGUUACAGCUCUUUUAGGAGGUUCUUUGCCUCCUUUCUCUCUCUGCUUCUCUCUCCUUUCUUUCUGCUUCCUACUGCUUCUCUUCUUGCUGUUUUCUGUCUCUGAAACCUCUGUGGGUUUGGUUGCUUCUAUACACAAACUCCUGGUCAGUCUCAAGGCAUGGCCCUCCCACCGGGGCCACAACUGACCAGUCCCCUGGCCAAUUCCUUCUCAGUAGACCAUAGACAUUUCAUUUGCAUAGUAGGCUACAAACACUUCAUUUGCAUAGCCUAUGAUCACUUCAUUUACGUAGUAUAUUGACCAGUUCCUACAAGGUGCAUAUCAGUCACGGGGCAGGCUGCAGCCCAGGAUCAGACAAAAAGUAUCAAACCAAGUUCUUUAUAGCUUACCCUGGAAAUGUAACAAAUUCCCUGGGGUAGAAAACUAAGACAAAGGUAUCCUUCAGGGCUUACGGGGAAAAUCUCAAACUGUUUUUCCAAAGAACCAGGGUAAAAGGCCACAUAAAGGAACUCAUUUCACCAUGUACGUGUAUUAAGAUCUAUGUGUCCUGUAUCCCCAUUAACUUACAUUAUUGAGUAUUUAAUACAUAGAAUAAAUUUGGAAAAUUCCUGUUUUUCCCAAGAAGCUAAGGAAUGUUCUCUAGUUUCCAAAAAUAUGUAGACUAUAAUGCAGUAGACUCUCCAGUAUUUGGAAGUUAAACAGCUAAACAGGACAGAGACAGUAUAAACCAGAUAGACUUGGAUACAUUUAUAACACCUUUGCUCUAGACAACCCCAUAGAGCUCAAUGUACACAGCCUUCAAAAUGUGGUAGAAUUGAGCUCACUGAAUGACCUGGCGUUUGGCUCAGGUUAGGAGGCCAUGUGAGUGCUAGAGAUCUUUUAUAAUUUUCUCCCAUUUUUUCCCCCCUGCAGUUUACCAACUGCAAACUUGUUAUAAUUUUUCUGUUUUUUCCUAAACAGCAAACUUCCUAUAAAUGAGAGUUUUGAAAAUCAUAUGUGUUUCUAGGAUGAGUUAGAAAGUUGUAUUUUCUUUUAGAAAUGAAGAAUUAUUGGAUAAAUUUAUUACUGUCUGAUUGCAUUAACUCUCCUUAGUAAGUUUUUGUUUUUAAGAAAUAGGACCAAAGUAGUAUAUCACUUAAAAACAUACCCUAUUAAAAUGUAUCCUUUGUCUUGUCAGUUUUGGAAAUUUGAUAAACCGUCAUGAAGAUCCAGUUACUAUGAUACACAUAUUUGAUUCAUUCACCCAGUAUACUGAGUGCUUACAAUGUAUUGCUUUUAUAGUGUUUUAUAGUUUACAAAUGCUUUCCUCUAACCCAUAGUUAGACCACUUUAUAGAUGAGUAAUCCAGAGCUCAGGCAACGGGUGAGAUGCCCAAGGGCCAGUUGGUAGAUGGUAGAACCUGAAUCCUACUUGGCUUCCCUUUACUUUUUAUAACUCUACAAGUACCUUGUAAAGGCUGAAGCAGUAACAAGGACUCAGAUAUGUAAGAGCUGGACAUGAGGAACUACUGGAUUUCCAAGCAAAGCCAGAAUGCCCACACCCGUAGGAAGAUUACUUAAUAGACUGCACUGGAUUGUGGACAAGUAAUCUCAGAAACAGGAAAGUGCUGCCAAAAAGAGUGAACUACUUACCACGUUUGUGGGAGCCCUGGUGGUGCAGUGGUUAAGCAAUCAGCUGCUAAACAAAAGAUCGGUGGCUGAUUCCUCAGCUGCUCUUUGGAAGCCUUAUGGUGCAGUUCUGUUCUGUCCUAUAGCUUCGCUGUGAGUUGAGAUUGACUCAGUGUGACAACGGGCUUGGGUUUUUUGUGUGUUUUUGUUUUACUCUCUCUGUCAGGUCAGUACUGAGGCUACAUCUGUCCUCCAGUGAACUCUCUUAGCUUCCGUCUCACCUGGAGUGCUCAACUAAACCAUCUGGAGGAGUUGGACCAGGGGGCAGUUCUCUGACAAUACAAGUAAUGGGAAAUGACGUUUCCUUUACCAGUAUUCCCUUUGCAGAUCAAGUUUUUGCAAGACAUCUUUUUCUAUAAAUGUACAGGUAU